AUUUGAUAGCCAAAGUGACUCAGCUCAAAGUGGGUAACUAAAAUGUUAGCCACGCGUAAAUUCUUUAAAGGAUAAAGAGAUAAUUGUUGUGCUGAGGAGGAGAAGGAGAACUCCGCAGAGUAGCGUGUUGGCUUCGAUUAGUGGCAACGCGUGUAGAGGGCAGGAAAUUGAUGGCUGUUAAUACAAACAUCAGGAGGAAAAACAAUUAAAACUUUGGCCAAAGGAAAAAGUGCUGCUCGACAGCACAAAACGUAUAAAAUGUGAGAGCUGUCUGCUGUCUGGCAUAUUCCUUCGAUAUUUUUCUGCUGUUAAAUAAUACAAAUCGGAAUCGCCUUAAAAGAUGGACAACGAUGAGCCGCAGAUUGCUCGCAGUUUCUAUAAAAUUGCCCGUUUCUCUGGCCAGAUUGUGGGCAUUUGGCCACAACACAAACGCAGCUUGCUCUCGAAUCUGCUCUGUGGCUUUGCCUUUGUGGUGAUCCUUCUUGGAGCAGUGGGCGAGAAUCUCUAUGGAUUCCUCAAUCUCAGCAACUUGGUGACGGCCCUCGAAGCCUUUUGUCCCGGCAGCACGAAAGCUGUGUGCGUGUUGAAGCUCGCAAUGUUCUUUCUGCAUCAUCGUCAGUGGCACGAGAUCGUGCAACGUCUGCGCGGCAUGUUGUGGCACAAUCGAGGGCAGCAGGCACAGCAGUUGCUCGUUGGCCGCUCAACGGUGGCCAAUCGACUCAGUUUGUUGUUGCUUAGCUCGGGAUCGGUGACAAACACCGCCUUUAAUUCGCAACCUUUGAUCAUGGGCCUCUAUCGCUGGUGGUCUCAGUUGCCGGGUCGCAUUGAUUUACCCUUUAAUAUCAUUUUGCCUGCUUUCGCCACCGAGUCGCAGCUUUUUCCUUUCACGUAUCUCAUUUUGACCUGCUCCGGAUUUUGCACUGUCUUCACCUUUAGCUUUGUGGAUGGUUUCUUUCUAUGCAGCUGCCUCUACAUCAGUGGCGUGUUUCGUGUCCUACAACAGGACAUACGACAAGUGUUUGCAGAUCUUCAUGAUGGUGAUUCCAUCGAAGCCUUCACGCCGUCGAUAAACGCACGAAUACGAUUGCAAUUGGGGCAAAUCGUCGAGCGGCACAAUGCGAUUAUCGAUUUGUGCACGGACCUAACGGCCCAGUUCACGGUUAUCGUUUUAAUGCAUUUCCUCUCCGCUGCCUUCGUCCUCUGCUCGACCAUUUUGGACAUCAUGUUGAACACCUCCUCGCUGAGCGGCUUAACCUACAUCUGCUACACGGUGGCGGCGAUGACGCAGCUCUUCCUCUACUGCUACGGUGGCAAUCAUGUUAGCGAAAGUAGCGCUGCUGUGGCUGACACGCUCUAUGAGAUGGAAUGGUAUAAAUGCGAUGCGACGACUAGAAAAAUCAUUUUAAUGAUUUUGCGACGCUCACAACGGGCAAAAACAAUUGCGGUGCCUUUUUUUACGCCCUCGCUGCCGGCCUUCAGUUCGAUACUCAGCACAACCGGAUCGUAUAUCACGCUGUUGAAGACAUUUCUGUAAGCCUAUGCGUCGUAUGAUUGAUAUGCGUACAAGCAAUGGCCAGCUGCCUUGCUUGUCCUUCUCUUUUUCGUUGUGUCAUUUAUUUUUUGUUGCUCAUAUAAUUAAAUGAUCUAACAGAUUUGUCAACGAUU